AUGGUUCCCGAGAAGACGACGCCGCCGGAGAUCACCCUCCGGCGUAUGGAGCUCUCUGACGUCGACCACCUUCUUAUGUGGAUAGCAGACGAUCAGGUCAGUUACUUCACCCACUGGGAGACCCGCAGAACGCGGGAAGAAGCUAUGGAGUACCUCAAGAGCACCGUCCUCCCCCACCCUUGGUUCAGGGCCAUUUGCGUCGGUGGCACGCCCGUGGGCUUUGUGUCGGCCAGGCCGAAGUCCGGGAGAAACAGCUGCCGGGCAACGUUCUCAGGCUGCGUCGUCCGCAAGAACUGGAACCGGGGGAUCGCGACGGCGGCGUUGAGGCUGGCGGUAGCCACCGUCUUCGAGGUGUUCACCACGGUGCAGAGGGUGGAGGCGCUGGUGGCAGUGGAGAACGCGUCGAUGCAGAAGGCCCUCGAAAAGGCGGGGUUCACGAGGGAGGGGGAGCACCGGAAGUUCUACGCGACGAAGGGAAAGGUCUGGGACGUGGCGAGAUACAGUAUCAUCCGUGUAGAUCCCAAGCUCUGA